CAGAGCGGCGGCGGGAGGAGGAGGCGGAGUGGAGCGUGGAUGCUUUGGUGGAGCCGAGAGGUGCUCGCGUUUCACUCGAUACCGACGCAACUUCUUGGAACAAGUUUGUCGAAAGACCCGCUGGAAUCGCUCCAAGCAGAAUGGAGGCUUCGCCGCCCCGACUCUUCUUCGCGGCGCUGACUCUCCUGACAGCCCUGGCCUCGGGUUUGGAGAUCACGUCUACAGGAACGACGCCCAUAAAGAUGGCCAGUGGUCAGAGUGUGAAGCUGGAAUGCCAGUUCACCCUAGCCCCAGAGGAUUCUGGACCACUGGAUAUUGAAUGGAGCUUGGUGGCUGCCGACAACCAGAACAAGGAUGAAGUGGUGAUCCUGUACUCGGGCGACAGGGUAUACGAGGACUACUACAAACCCAUGAAGGGCCGGGUUCACUUCAGCUCAAGCGACCCAAAGACGGGCGACGCCUCAAUCAAUCUGACGGGGCUGAAGUCGUCCGACUCGGGCACCUACCAGUGCAAAGUGAAGAAGGCUCCUGGUAUCGGCAGCAAGAAGAUGCAGCUGAUUGUCAUGGUGCGUCCGUCUAAGCCGAGGUGCUACACUGAAGGUAGCACAGAAGAAGGCAAAAACAUUGUGCUACGCUGCACAACCGCUGAGGGAACCAAACCUAUGCAGUACAAAUGGGAGAAACUCACCGACAGCAAGCUGCUGCCUGCCUCUGCCGUUUUAGAUCCUGUUGAAGGUACCAUCAAUGUGAGGAAUGUCUCUGCCAGUGCAUCCGGGACUUACCGCUGUGUUGCCAGCAACAGUGUUGGCACGGAGGAAUGUUUACUCAGUCUCAACGUGACGCCUCCUCCGAACACUGCCGGCAUCGUUGCGGGAUCCAUCAUAGCCGUUCUGUUGAUCCUCCUCAUCAUCGCCAUCGUCCUUUUCUGCCUGCUCCGUGCUCGUAACAAGAGGAAAUACGAAAAGGAAAUUUGCAACGAGAUACGAGAGGAUGUGCCCCCUCCCAAGAGCCGCGCUUCAACAGCACGCAGUUUCACCAUGGGCAGCCAGCGCUCCUCCCUAGGAUCCAUGUCGCCUUCCAACCUGCACGAGUACGCCCUGAAGACUCAGUACGACAAGAUUCCCUCAUCGGAGGAGUACGAGAGGCCCCCGAGCCACGCACCGCUAGCCCCGCCCUCUGCCAUCAGGAUGGCUGGCCCCAACCUUAGCCGCAUGGGGGCCAUCCCUGUCAUGACCCCUGCCCAGAACAGGGACGGCUCCAUCGUCUAACGCCUUCUCCUCUUAUGCAGGGACUCCGGACACUAGCCACUGAAGAUGGAGCAAGAGGUUGGGUGGAGUGGGGGUGGGCUAGCACGCCUGACAUUUUGCUCUUUAUUAUUUACAAAUGGGGUGGGGGGUCCUCCCCUUCUGAGGGCCUCACUGCUGUGAGAAGUUGUGCUGUGCUGGAAUCUGCGCACAUGAACUUUUUAUCGAAUACAAAAACAAGUUAUGCAUUUAAUGUCCGGUGUUUUUCCACAGGAGCAUGUGUCGGUGUGGAUGUCCAGCAGAGAGGUCCUCAUGAGGCGCUGCUGGACAUAAGUGCAUGUUUUGCUCUCACUUCGUUGGCUCUUGUCCAACUUUGCUGUGCGUUUCCAACAGAUCCAAACCCUUGAUUGGCAAACAUCUGCAUCCAGCUGCAGCUGUGCAAUGUGUGGAAGGUGCAAACGGACGUUUGGACAAAUCAAAGCUUAUUUAAAUCCUCAUGUAACAUAACCGUCUGCCAGCUAGUGCAGUUUUAUAUCGUUUAGUUUAUUUACUUUCAAAACUUUAUUGUCACGGACGUUUUUACUUUUUCAUGCAAAUGACUCAUUAGAAUAAAUUUGGUGUAAUUCUUGAAGCAAGCGAAGACCUGAUCAGCUGCUUUCUGUUGGGUUGUUUCAAGUGCUCCCUCUGAGUUUACGUGGGGGGGGUUAACGAGUAAGGACUGGCUGGUGUUGAGGCGGGGGCUCUUGCACCACGUGUUGUGAUUGGACGAUUAAUGCUUUGUGAGCAGGCAGAGCCGGCGUCCAUCCUCCUCUGCAGAAGUUUCAGAAGGCAUGGCAGCUGAACUGCAAGGGUCACCGAGCAAUCGGCCUUGAUUGUGUUUGACGGUUUAAAGGCCCCUGACCUCAAAGACAGCCAGGACAAGCCCCCUCCCCAUCACAUCAGCAGGCCAAAGCACUAAUUCCUAAUUUAUUGUUGUUCUGUGCAGCAGCCGGAUCCUGCAGGUUUGUUGUUGCACUUCCAGGAGGCCGUACCCUGAUUGACCUCUGUAGUCCAUGUGAAACCUCUGAAGGCCCAUGUUGCAUUAAGUUGAGAUUUUAUUGAAGGAUGUUAAUCACGGGUGAAUGAAGGAAGUUCCCACAGUGGAACGACAGGCCGUGGACUACGGUUUCUCUCUACAACCUUGUUUGACCUUGGUUUGUGUUCUCAGGCCUGUUUUAUCAUAAACCAGACGUUUGGAUUAUUUGAUACCAAACUAUUAUUCUUCUGAAGACUAAUCUGUUUUUAUUGAACAGCAUGGUUCCACAGAUAGCAGUUUGUUGUUUCUUUACUCUGAUGCCUUAUUUUAGCCUUACGCUCUUCCCCGUCAGUUCUCCACUGAUCACAUGAUCUCUCGUGCCCUGCCUGAGUGAAGCUGUGCUCCGCGCAGCAUCGCUCUUCAUCUUCAGGACGGGAGCAGUCACUGCACAACGAGCCUGUCCUCGACUGGAUCUACUUAUUGUUGGAUUUUAAUUAGUCUGACAGUUUGAACCUUUUAUUUUUCUGUUCCGUUUGCGUGUUAAAACUGUGUUACUGUAGAAGUAGUAAUUGAUGUACUCUCUCUUAGGAAAUAUGUGGCUCUGCUUCUCAAAUACUCGUUAAAGUGUCUGUAUCCAGCCCCGACGCUGAGCGGAGGUGGUCUGCGUCACUAAGCUGCGGCUGUUAAAUACUCAGCUUUGUGUUGCAGCCUCGCUGCGUUCUGAGUGUUUGUGACGAUCAACUGUUGCACAGCUGGUUUUUGUGUGCAUGGCUUCAGAACUAUUCUAGACUGUGCAAAUAAUUUCUUUGCCUCAUUCCACUCGCUUUACACCCACCUCUGCCCCCGCGUUUACGAUUUACUCUCCUGGACCAGGCUUCGAGGGAAGACGAGCAGAUUUGGAUCAGGCUUCAGUAAUUGUCAUUGAUCUUUUCUGUGCGUUUUAGACCUGGACAUGUUUCCUGUCGGGGAGAACUCCUGACUGCACACGUUUUUUUUGUGCCACUGUGACUCGAGCAAGGAAAUUAAGAACCAGCGCAAAUGCUUCGAGACAGUUUAGAGACUCCCUCGCAGAUGCAACCUGCCAACUCGUCGCAGCCCGACGAGAUACUUCCUUGAGAAAAUCCAGCGUUUAACAGAAGAACGGGGGUUAGCACAGUGACGAAGCUUCCUGCUAAGAUUUCACGUCACUUAUUUGGUGAAGGCAAAAAAUGACGUGAGCAAAAAUAACCCUCGGUCGGUUGUAAUUUGCCACCAUGCUGUGAAUGUGAGUUCAUGUGAGCGGCUGCGUUGUGCACAAACGCUCAGAAUGGGUCCUUGUAGAAAGUCUAGUUCCUCGUCGCCUGCUGUCAGAGCAGCGCUCCAGAUGUGGUCCUGUUACUCUGUAGACGUUAACUACUAACAAUAUUAACAAUAGCUUUAACAUGGGUAUGCUUCUGCUGUAUGAAGACUCGGCUGAGGUGCACACCACAUUCUCUUUGUGUGUAUUUUUGUGCUGUAUUUUUGAAUAAUA